CCUGGAGAAAAGGACCACGUCCUGCGCAGCCUGGCCACCUUGCCCUAGCAACGGAGCUCAAGCUUUCUGCCUGCAGAGAUGCCAGAAGGACCGUCUGUGAGGAAGUUUCACCAUCUUGUCUCCCCCUUUGUGGGCCAGAAGGUGAUCAAGACAGGGGGCAGCAGUAAGAAGCUACACCCUGUCACCUUUCAGUCUCUGUGGCUCCAGGAUGCUCAGGUGCAUGGAAAAAAAUUAUUCCUUCAGUUUGAUCCAGAUGAGGAGAUGGAGCCACUCGGCAGCAGCCCACAGCCUGUCCGAGGAUUGUGGCAGAAAGAGGCUGUGGACGCAGAGCUCACCUUGGGUCCCAAUGCUCAGGAACCCAAUGCAGGCCCCUCUGGAUCUGGGGAGCCUGUUCCCAGUAGAUCUGAUGGCCCAGAUGAUCCUGGGGGAAAGAACCCUUUAGUAGGUGCCCAGAGGUGGCUGGAGGUCAGGUUUGGUUUGUUUGGCAGUAUCUGGGUGAAUGACUUCUCCAGAGCAAAGAAAGCUAACAAAAGAGGUGACUGGAGAGACCCAGUGCCCAGGCUGGUACUCCAUUUUAGUGGUGGUGGUUUCCUGGCAUUUUAUAAUUGCCAGAUGUCAUGGAGCCCUCCCCCAGUGAUUGAGCCCUCCUGUGACAUCUUGUCUGAAAAGUUCCAUCGAGGACAAGCUUUGGUAGCCCUAAGCCAGGCUCAGCCUGUGUGCUACACACUCUUGGACCAGAGAUACUUCUCAGGAUUAGGGAACAUUAUAAAGAAUGAAGCCUUGUACAGAGCAAGGAUCCAUCCCCUCUCUCUUGGUUCAUUCCUGAAUUCUUCCUCUCUGGAGGCCCUUGUGGAUCAUGUGGUGGAGUUCAGUAAGGACUGGCUUCAGGACAAAUUCCAAGGCAAGGAACGGCACACACAGAUCUACCAGAAGGAACGAUGUCCUUCGGGUCACCAGGUCAUGAAGGAGACAUUUGGGCCUCCAGAUGGGUUCCAGAGGCUCACCUGGUGGUGCCCUCAAUGCCAGCCCCAGCUGCCAUCCAAGGGGCCACAGACUCUACUGUCCUCCUAAAACAUGUGGCCUUUGCCAUGGGACUUGUAGCCUUGGAGAUCCAGAUACUGUGUGUCCUGAGAGAAGGGUGUAGGCAGGGAUAGUAUUACAGAUCAGGGUAAGGUCAGGAGGGUCAGUAUGGUUGACACGCAUCCCAUUGGAUUAUGCCUCAGCCCCAGCAUUCAUAGUGAUAGAUGUUUUUCUUUUCUAGUUAACUCUAUAUAAUCCCACCAUGCUGUCAAAAUCUGGACAGUGGGCUGGGGGAAACUGCCUGGAGCAGCAGUGAGUCUGAAAAGACAG